UUUCCGGUGUUUCAAUAAAGCUCGAUUCGGCUCGAAGAAGACCUGUUCUUCCGGGAAAAUGGCGACUCCCGCUCGUGCCCCGGAGUCCCCGCCGGUCGCGGAUCCGGCGCUAGCCGCGGGGGCUGCUGAGGAAUCCGAGUGCCCGCCGCCUCGCCAGCCUCAGCCCCCGCAGAAUGUCCUCGCUGGCCCGCGGCUUCGAGCCCCAAGCUCCCGAGGACUUGGGGCGGCGGAGUUUGGCGGAGCUGCAGGAGAUGUUGAAGCGCCAGGAGAGACUUUUGCGCAACGAAAAAUUCAUUUGCAAAUUGCCCGACAGAGGUAAAAAGAUCUUAGACUCUUUUGCCAAACUGAAAGCUGCCAUUGCAGAACGUGAAGAAGUUAGAGGAAAAACUGAACUGUUUCAUCCUGUUAGUUUAGACUGUAAGCUAAGGCAAAAAGCAAUUGCAGUUGUUGAUGUGGACACAGAUCAGGCCCAGAAUUCUGACCAGAUACUUGAUACUUCGUCUCCAGUUUGUGGCUGUUCCUCUGUAAGUAACUUCAAGUCGUCUGAAACAACCUCACAACCACAUCCUACUCACAAAGGCGAUGAAGAGGCUCCCGAGGUUGAGGACACAGUGAGCAAGUGCCCGGUUCCCAGUAGCAGAGCGAGUAUGCCUUCCUCUUCUGAAGCUGGUGAGCGUCUCCCUCAGCGUCGUGUUUCAAGUCAGGCAGAAGAUCAUUCCAGCAGCUCGGACAACCUGUUUAUUGACAGGUUACAAAGGAUCACAAUUGCGGACCCAGGUGAACAGCAUUCGGAACAGGACAGGAGUGCUGAGAACUUGGCAGGGCUUUGUCGUGGGGCACAGAAGAAGCCUCAUUACAUGGAAGUGCUAGAAAUUCGAGCCAAGAACCCAGUGCCCCCACCACAUAAAUUUAAAACUAAUGUAUUACCUUCACAACAAAAUGAUUCAUCCAGUCAUUGGCAGAGAACAGGGUCUCCCAUUUCCUUGGAAGAAAGGCGGCUCAGGGAUAAGAAGCAUCUUGAUGACAUCACAGCAGCUCGGCUCCUGCCACUUCACCAUAUGCCCACACAGCUGCUCUCCCUGGAAGAAUCUGUGGCACUUCAGAAACAGCAGAAACAGAAUUAUGAGGAGAUGCAAGCCAAGCUCGCGGCACAGAAAUUAGCUGAAAGGCUUAAUAUAAAGAUGCAGAGCUAUAAUCCGGAAGGGGAGACUUCGAGGAAGUACCGAGAAGUAAGGGAUGAAGAUGAUGAUCAGUCCUCUGGUGAGGAGUUCUGAAGACGGGCAUUGGGAUAAUGCCUGAAUCUCUGUCUGCUGAGAUGUCAUGGUCACAUCAGACUUUCUAACAAGUAUCAAGAUCAGUGUCAGGCAUUGUUGAGGGAAGGAAUUUUAUAAAGUUACACAAAGGUAGCUAUUAAAAGAGCCCAGUUUGUCUUUCAGGAGAGGACUUUGAUGUGCUUAAGAAGUUUAAUAUUUGAAUAUUGUGUUUGACCAUAUUGUAUUAAAGUUCUGCAGUAUGCUGUGUGUUGGUCUGAUAUUUUAGUACAUAGUAAGCACGGUUUUAUUUUCCUCUAAGCCAAAUGAAAGCGGGUAACUGCUCUUUUCCUUAUUCUUACCUCUGUGGAAUAGCAUUUAUUACAUGUCUUUCAGUGAAAUAUUUGGUUGCCCCAGGCAUCACCUAAAAUGAAUUAGGAAGAUAAAGUUCCCUGCUUUUUUGAGUAAGGAAGGGAGCAGUCUAGAGAAUUUUAUGCAUGUUUGCUGCAUGGGGUUGAGGUACUGGAUGUGAAGUACCUAGGAAGGCACUCAUAGAAAAUUCUUAAAUGUUUGUUUCCUUCUUCUGUCUUCCCUUUAGGAAGAAUGUUCUCUUUCUUCUGAUUAGGAAUGAGGAGUACUUUUAGUUGAUGCUGGAGGGUGGAGGAUCUUUCUGGAUGGUCAGAUUUGCCUGGAGUAACACAAGAUACAGGAAAAGUCUAGGGUGACUGUGUAGGGGAAGGGAAUAGCUGUUCGUAGGCUUGCCCUAAGAGGUGACCAGUUCAGUUUGGUAAGAACACCAUUUUUUUUUUUAAAGCGACAAUUGAAUUUUCAACACAUAGCUUGCCUCUCCCCAGCCCUGCCCCAAAGAAGCAUAUAUAGACUACAGAAAUCUCCAUCCCAUAUGUAUACAUGUUUAUGUAAUUUUGAAGGAUUAUGUGGAGAUUUCUUUGUUUACUCUGUUGGAGCCUUUAAACAGUGUUGAAAGGAAGAAUAAAAUAAGAGCAUCUUCAUAAUGUUAAUGGUGAUGUUUUACUGGUGCUUAAAUUUAACUUGCUUUAAAAGAGACUUUCAUAUAUGAAAUUUUCAUGAAGACACAUUGAGGUGUGUGAUAGGAAGGGCUCAGUUCUCUAUCACGGACAUACGGGCACCGCUACUGCUUUCCGUCCCCUUCCACCCCUCCGCCCCCCCGGCAAAUAUAGAAAUACCCUGAGGUAACAAAUUCAUUAUUUCUGCUUUCAAAAACUAACAGUAAAUGGAUUUUGCAACAUAAAAUUAUUCUUUAGAGAAUAAAAUAAUACACUUCUGGAAAGCCAGGUAAUACGGAAGGGCUCACGUGCAUGUACACACAGUCCCCUGUAUUCGUAUCACCUAGAGAGAGCCUCUGUUAAGGUUUGGGUCUAUUUUGCUUUUACAUACUUUUCAAUGCAUAGCUAUAUGUUUAUAUUUUCAAUAAUGCAAUCAUACUGUACGAUGUUUCAUAGUCUGCUCUGUGUAUUGUAAACAUUUUCCAUGUUAGAUAUUUUGCAUUUUAGAUAGCUACAAUUCAAUUUUAUGGUGUACCAUAACUUGCGACACCAACUUAUUAAGAACUUGAUUGUCAGUUAUAAUGUAAACUGUAAACAACAAUGUGAUCAACAUCUUAAAAGAUAAUCACAUUUGUACAAAAAUGAUUUAUUUCCGGAAGAUACCUUUCUAGAAGUGAAAUUGUUAGCUGGAAGUGUAGGUACGUUUGAGAGUCUUGAUGUACGUCAAUCACCAUAAAGGUUGUGUCCCUUUAUGUACCUGCUAGCAAUAUCAAACUCCCAGAACUGAAAAUUGCUGUUGCAAGUGUUUGUAAAUUGAAUAAUUACGGGAAAGGAUUAUUUUUAAAAUUUGUAUUUCUUUGAUUACUUAAUGAAGGGUGAGUGUUUUUUUCAUGUUUGUUGACCAUUUAUAUUCAUUGUUUUGAGCGUUGCUUAUUCAUAACUGUAAUUCCUUUGAGAGAGUGCUGUUUUUAUUGGUUUAUAAAUUCUUGAUGAAUUAA